GUUUGGCCUGAAGUAACAGAUCCUGAAAAGUUUGUGUAUGAGGAUGUUGCUAUAGCUACUUAUCUACUGAUCCUUUGGGAAGACGAGAGAGCUCGGAGGGGCCUGGCCGAGAGGCAGUCUUUUGUGGACCUCGGCUGUGGAAAUGGACUCCUAGUUCAUAUUUUAAGUAACGAGGGGCAUUCGGGAAAAGGAAUCGAUGUCAGGAGAAGGAAAAUAUGGGACACGUACGGCCCACAGACCCACCUGGAGGAAAGUGCCAUUAACCCAAACAACCUUUAUCCAGAUGUUGACUGGCUAAUUGGGAACCACUCUGACGAGCUGACGCCCUGGAUACCCGUAAUGGCAGCCAGGUCGUCGUAUUCUUGUCGCUAUUUUCUGCUGCCCUGCUGCUUUUUUGACUUCUAUGGGAAAUACAACCGGAGGCGGAGUCAGAAGAGCCAGUACAGGGAAUAUCUUGAUUUCGUGACGGAAGUCGGGGCCGUAUGCGGCUUUAAAGUAGAGGAAGAUUGCCUCAGAAUUCCUUCCACAAAAAGGGUCUGUCUGAUCGGGGCCUCCAGAACCUGCCCGGCGGCAGAAGCCCCUGCGCUCGCGGAGGAGAGAAGGGGCUACAUCAGGAGGCGCCAGCCCCGCCACCUGAGCCGGGCAUCGGACCAAGGCUUUCCCUCGCACCCCCGGGAGGAGGGUCUCUUGGCCGCAGCGGAGGCCACCGGUCAGCGGCUGUGCGAAGAGGCCCCCCGGGAGAGAGAGGGCAGGACCGCCUUACCCUCUGGGUUUCUGCCUCGGGGCAAGGAGCAGGUCAGGAACUGCACCACCCUCCCGCGUGCCUUCGUGGACCGGGUGGCCUUGCAGGUAGCCCACCUGCUGCUGAGGGAGACGGAAGGGAGCCUCGGCGGACCCUCCAGCCCCUGGAACGGAGGAGAGAGUCUUCCCUUGAGUGAAAUUGCGGGACAUUUAGACAAGGACACAUUGAAAACUCUGAAGAAGGAAUAUGGAGGCCUACAGACCUUGCUCAGAAAUAAUUAUCAGGUAUUUAAAGUCCAACAUGGGAAAGUUCGCAUCCGCGACUGGAGAGAAGAGGAGAGGCCCAGGAAGCAGACGAGAGCCCGUCUCCCUUCUGAAGCUACAAAAACUCGGCUGUGCUGGUUUGACCAGCAUCACCCUCAAGGCUGCCCUCUGCCCUCGGCCUCCUGUUCUUAUGCCCAUGGAGCCACCGAGCUGAACCAAAGACGAAUCACGCCGGGCAAUAAAGAGCUGCUACUUCAACUUUGCUAAAUAAAAAGUCACAAGCAGUUUCAUGUGAGCAUGGCAGCUUCUAUGUUUUAUUCUGUUCCUAGGACAAAAGGAACAGCACAACAAACAUCUUGGCCAGUAUUUGGGGUUGCUUAUUUGAGUUAUCUUCUUAAUAAUGGAUAUUCAUUGUGCAUUAAAGUGUAUAGUG